CUACGUUUAGAACCAUUUCCUGAGAUAGAUUUUAAAAGAGUGAUAUUUGAUAAUAUAACUAAUCUUAAAUCCUAAAUAUAGCAUGGUUCUAAAUAUAUUGUGAUACAAUAAAACAAUUAAAAUUUUAAGAUAAAAAAAUUGAUUUUAAAUACAAACCUUAAUUAAUGACUAAAAUCAAUAGAUAUCAAGUGGAAAAAUUUUAACUAAAAGUUAAUCUAUAAUUAGACGAUAACUUAAAAAAAAAAUGAAAUAAAAAAUUAACCAAUGUUAUGAAAAUAUUUGGCAGUAUUAAAGUAUUUGAAAGGUGCUCAGUUGAAUUAGAAUAGCUUUUGUGGUACAACUCGUCGGUACGGUGAUAAAAGGAUCUAUAACAUCAUAUUUGAACACAAUAACGAACAUAAAUCAAUCUCGAAAGUAACUCCCAACAUGGCAAACAUAUACAAUAAGUCCGAAAAAAUAUGGAGUGCUCCACCACUUGAACUCAACUAUCCCAACAUUGGUAUUGGUCAUUCGAUACUUCAAAAACUGAAAGAAACCGAUCCAAAUAAAAUCAUAGAAGUUGAACAUGAAUCUGGAAUUUCACGUACUGCUAGACAAAUCCGCUCGGAUACAAUAACAGUUGCACACAAUUUAAUGCGACUCGGAGUGAAGAAGGGCGAUAUUGUUAUUGUGUUUUCGAAAACAAAUUUAAAAAUAACUCCUAUAACGUUUGCAUUGUACACUAUUGGAGCCCCAAUUAAUUUCUUUUACUUGGAUUUGAAAGGAGAUGACAUCGAGUAUUAUUUUGAUUUAUUGAACCCAACUGCUAUUCUUUAUGAAGAAGAAUUCAAAAAUGAUGUUUUUCAAGCUCUUAAGAAUCUCAAGCUAUCAAAUUUAAAACAUACUUUAAGUUUAGACUCUGAAACUGAUUCAGUUGAUGAAAUUCUAUUUAAGCCAAUCGAUAAUAUUGACAACUUCCAACCUCCAGAUAUUGGAGAUCCAAGUAAAUUGGCAGCACUUUUACCUUUUACCUCAGGUUCAACAGGAAGACCAAAAAUUUCUAUACAUUCUCAUGCCAUGGUAAUGAUGGGACUUUACAAUACAUGGUGGCAUAUGCCUCCGAAAAGUGUAGUUUGCGUUUUGUCAGAUCUUCGUUGGAUGUGUCAAGUCGAGAUGAUGUUCCAACCGAUCUUUUUUGACGUCAAACGGAUUUAUACGGCAAGAUGUGAAAAAGAUUUUGAUGAUACUUAUGAAUAUGAAUUAUUGUCCAAAAAUCAAGUCACACAUUUUAGUACGGUUUCAAUUCUACUUCUGCAAACCCUUCAACGUGCUGAUAAAGAUAAUCAAAGAUCAAAGUUGAGCUCUUUGAGGACAGUAUUGUUGGGAGGUGAAGUUGUUACAGAUUCAAUAAUUGCAUAUGCGGCAGAAAUUAUUCCAAAAUGUAAGAUUAUAACUUGUUAUGGAAUGACAGAACUACAAGGAGUAAUAGCUUCUGACGAAGAUGUGCCUGGUAGAAUUGUCAAUGGAGGUAUAUUAUUUAAUGGAUACGAUUUGAAAGUUAUUGAUGAACAUGGUAACAAUCUGGGACCGAAUGAAAAGGGUCGAUUGUGUUUGAGAUCAAAGAUACCAUUGAUUGGAUACUUUAAAAAUGACAAAGCCAAUAAGGAGCAUUUAAAAGGAGAUGGAUGGUACACAACUGAUGAGUAUGGUUACAUGGAUUCCGAUCAUUUAUUAAAUGUUAUAACAAGAUACAAGUAUCUUCUGCGGUACAAUGGACAAUUUGUUGUUCCAACUGAUAUUGAAAAUAUCAUUAAUAACCACCCGAAGGUAUUAAUAUCAGCUUUAGUUGGAUAUCCUGAUCCUGAGAUUGCAGAUUCAGAAAUAGGAACAUUUUAUGUAGUAUUAAAAGAUUUUUCCAAACGUGAUGGUGUUGAAGAUGAAUUAUUAGCUUUGUUAAGAAAACAUCUCACAAAAGAGGAAUCUAAAUUUGUUAGGUUUUUGAAAGUUGUUGAAACAGUUCCAAUGUGUAAUUAUUCAAAAGUAAAUCGAAAGGCAUUGAAAGAAUUGGCUGCUAUUGAAUCGACCAGUUAUUUAAGAAUUUAGUUAGAACAUAAAUGUAUUGUAAUUUUGGAGUUUGUAAGGAUUAUUCUAACUGUGUAUAAUGCAUAUUUUUUAACAAAAUAAAACAAAAAACUGUUA